AUGCUCCAGCGGGAUACAACUGGCUCUGCUGGUAGGCAUGUUGCCUGCUGUCGGCUUUCACAGGCUGCUCACUGCCCUUGCACACAAAUCAGCUGUUACGGCAGCUUGGCAUGUUGCCUGCUGUCGGCUUUCACAGGCUGCUCACUGCCCUUGCACACAAAUCAGCUGUUACGGCAGCUUGAAGAUUGUCUUGCUCAGUGUGACAAUGACUGCAAAGCUUAUUGCUGUGAUGGGACUACCUCCUACUGCUGCUCGUAUUAUGCCUAUAUUGGGAAUGUCCUUUCAGGCACAGCAAUAGCAGGAAUCGUGUUUGGCAUUGUGUUUAUAAUGGGGGUGAUUGCCGGCAUCACCAUCUGUGUCUGCAUGUGUAUGAAGAACAACCGGGGAACUCGAGUAGGGGUCAUCAGAACGACGCACAUCAACACCAUCAGCACCUAUCCAGUGGCUCCUCCACCAUAUAACUAUGAAUAUGAGAUGGAAUACCCAGCAGACCUACCUCCGCCUUAUACUCCAACUCCACAGACUUCAAUGCAAUAUCCACCACCUCCUCCGUACCCUGGAUAUUCAGGGAAAUAAUGAACUGGCUUUAGAGAGAUAUAGAGUUCCUAUUGAAUCAGCCAGCACAUUAUGGAUGAAAAUUGUUGGCUCAGGAGCAAAGAGGAUGGGGCCUACAUCAGCAUAUACUGCCUGGAGCUAGUGUCAGGGAGGACAGUUGCAGUGGCUCAAGAUGACUUCUAAAGGAUGAAGAAAACUGUAGUCCAUCCCUGAUCACUGUAGUUCACAAAUACAUUAGAGCACAAUAAAUGAAACAGCUACUUGAACUUACAACCUAGCUAAUAGUGGCUAGCAUCCUCCAAAAUUCUGCUGGCCUUCUUUAGCAACUUGUUACAGGGAAGUGGAAUAUUAUUUUUCCAUUUAGAGGGAUUUAUGAUAAAAACAGUUAAUAGGCUUCCUCUUCAGAGCAUGAGACUGUAGUUGAGCUCUAUGCUGGGAGGAAAUUUCCAACAAUUGUUUACAAACCUAGAUGUAUAUUUCUUUGAAGUGGUGCAGAUAAGGAAGAACAAGGAAGACAGAAGCUACUUCCAUUCCAGAAAGGGAAUACCAUAUGAUUUGGUAUGUAUAGCAGUAUAUGGAAUCUGAUAGGUUUAUUGCAAAUAAGAAUUUCACUUAAGUCAUUCAGUAGCUGAUAGUAACUGCUGUCACUAGUUUUGACCAAAACUCAGGCUAUUUUAAGUGCCUACUUUUAGGAAGAUUAAGUCUGGUUUAUAACCUAUAAUCUAAGCAUACAGAACAUUUUUGUAUGUAGAUUUCACUAUAACGUAUAGACAUAUUUUCUAUAGAUUUAAAUACUGUAUAGAACUUUUUAGAUCACUAAAUAAUACUUUAAUUUUGAAAGUAAAUAUAGAUUCAGCAAAAUCCUGACAUAAUUUAGGAGGAAAAAUAGAUUUUUCCUACAGUUUGAUUGCCAAUUAAACUAUAUGAAGAUCCUCUUCAUAUAGUUACAGCUACAGUAGUAAUUUUUCAUUGAACAUUUGUUCUGACAAGCUAAUAGUCAGCCUAAAGAAAGAUGCAUAGAGAGAGACUGUAAACAUUGCUAUCAAUAGGGAACAUAGGGGAAUGGUUAUUUAAAAGUGAUUGAGUUCCAUAGAUUGAAAGGGAGAAGAUCUGAGUUGGAUUUUCCAUCCUGUUUAACAACUACACACAUAAAUUAGGGGUGGAUACAACUGUGUUCUAAUCGCCUCUCUUUCAGAAUUGCUUUGAAGGCAUUGUUGGUGAAUGUCCAUCAUUAGAAAGUUGUUGGAAUAAAAACACACGCAUUAAUUUUGUAAUUUGAACUUACUAUUGUGCAAAAAUUACAGCUGUUGUGGAUUUUUUAUGGCUCCCUUCAUUAUUAGUAUGCUCUACAACCUAUGCAAAAGGUAUCAGAGGAAACAUGAUGUAACAUAUCAGAAAAUCAUGGUGACCAGAAAGCUGUGGAAACAGCCUUUUUUAUGCAUAUAAACUCCAACAUAACCAUGAUUCUUAAGGCUCAGAAUGUAUUUAUUCAAAAACUAGCACAUAGUUUUCAUGCAUACCAAUAUAUUGCAAAUAAAAAGAAAGAUGAUUCAUCCAGGACCUGAUCCAAAAUCUACUAAAGUCAAUAGACUUGCCAUUGUUGGGCUUGAAUUAAGCCCCAAAUGAGGAAAGUGAUUAGGCCCUGAUUCAGUUAGGUUCUUAGCACUGGUGUAGCAUUAAGUACAUGAAUGAGUGCAUAGACUUUAGUGGGAGUGCUCACAUUAGGGAUGUAAGAGAGUAUGGGUAUGUCUACACUACCACCCUAGUUUGAACUACGGUGGUUAAUGUAGU